CCAAAAUUUGUCCCUUGCGAUCGACCUCGUGAUUGCUUCUCUCACAACUUGCUUUCCUGAGCGUGGCAAAUGGCAAUGGAUGGCGAAUCGACGAUGGAGGCGUUGGAGCGGGAGAAGGAGGAGGAGGAGGCGGCGGCGCUGAGGGAGGCGUGGGAGGAGCGAGAGAGCAGGAUGGCGUUUCUGGAGAGAGAAGUGAUGGGGUUGAAGCAAGCGAACGCGGAGAGCGAGAUGAAGGUUCGGAGUUUGGAGAGAAAAGUGGGCGUUUGGGAAGUGAGGGAGAGCGAGGAGCGGAGCAGGAGGGUUAGGGUUGAGGACGAGGUCAGAGAGAAGGUCGCUGAGAUUCAAGCCUUGAAGCAGAGGAUUCUGGAUUUGGAGACUGCCAAGGUUAGGGACGAUGCUCAAGAUGAACAAAACAAUGCCUUAGGGUUAGGGUUAGGGUUAGGGUUUGUGUGGCCCGUCGUUGCAGCAGGCUGUGGAACCGUUGUUGCUGUCUUCUAUUUCUGUUUUCGAAAACGUAGGUGACGUUUCACCAAGGCACUUUAAAAGAAAGAUCUAAAAGUUUUGUAGAUUAUCAAAUUGGCCAAUUCAAGCAAGUCAAAGGUCAAAUUUAGCUUUGAAGUUGGAUCAAAUGUGUUCAACACGCCUUCAUUAAUUUGGGAAUAUAUCCUACUCAUUUUAAGUCCAAUUAAGACAUAUGAGUACUUCUUGGAAACUUAUUUCGUGGCCCAUCUUUUAAGAAGGGUUAAUUAAGAAUUUUAAAAGAGUUGUUGGUUAUAAAUAGGUCAAUUUAGAGUGUGAUUUUGCUUAGAAAAUUCAUUUGUGUAGUUUGUUCCUUUUAGGUCUAAGAAAAAUUUUCUUCUCUUUUACGCUUUUUGCACCAUUAAUUUGUUAAAGCUUCUCUAAUUAUGAUGGACGUGGAAGACUACUAACCUUGUAAAUCCAAAGAAUUCAAGGAAUAUGGCUGGGAUUUUAUAUUCUUUUGCUUAA